AUGUCGUCCUCGUCCUCGUCGUCCUCCGCUGCCUCCGCGGCCACGGUGUUCCCGCCGUCCCCGCAGCUGCCGCCUCCGCUCCUGGUGGAGAACCUCCCGCCGCUGCAUCAGCUCACGCCGGUAGCGGCGGCGGCCGCGCCGGCCUCCGAGCAGCUCUGCUACGUGCACUGCCACUUCUGCGACACCGUCCUCGUCGUGAGCGUGCCUACGAGCAGCUUGUUCAAGACGGUGACGGUGCGAUGCGGCCACUGCAGCAGCUUGCUCACCGUCAACAUGAGGGGCCUCCUCUUCCCGGGCACGCCGACGAACACAGCCGCGGCGGCCGCACCACCAAUAGCUGCUGUCACUAGUACUACCACCACCGCCGCCACCAUCACCACGGCGCCGCCGCCGGCCACCUCGGUCAACAACGGGCAGUUCCACUUCCCCCAGUCGCUCAACCACGCGCCCAACCCUCACCACCAAUCCCUCCUGCUGGACGAGAUAUCCAGCGCCGCGAACCCGAGCCUGCAGUUGCUGGAGCAGCACGGCCUCGGCGGCCUGAUCCCCAGCGGCAGGAACGCCGCCGCGCCGCCCCCGCCCCCGCCGCUUGCAGCGGGUAAAGGGGCCAAAGAGCCGUCGCCGCGCACUAACCCCGUCAUCAACAGACCUCCGGAGAAGAGGCAGCGCGUGCCGUCGGCGUACAACCGCUUCAUCAAGGACGAAAUCCAACGCAUCAAGGCUGGCAAUCCCGACAUCUCGCACAGGGAGGCCUUCAGCGCGGCGGCCAAGAACUGGGCACACUUUCCACACAUCCACUUUGGACUCAUGCCGGAUCACCAGGGGCUCAAGAAGACAAGCCUGCUUCCUCAGGAUCUCCAGAGAAAGGACGGGCUUCUAAAGGAAGGGAUCUACGCGGCGGCGGCCGCCGCCGCUGCGGCAGCCAACAUGGGGGUUGCUCCAUACUAA